AUGUGCCUGGUUAGUUGGGGUCCACCUUCAGCAAUGCCAUCUCUUCAACUGUUGCAGUUAACCGAGCAUGGCCAAAAUCUUCUGGCCUCUAGGAGGAAGACACUACUGCUUGGUUCUGGUAUUGUGGCUGCUGGUGGAGCUGUUGCUUAUUUACAAUCACGGUUUAGUAGUAAAAAGCCUGAUUCACCUGGUCAUUACAAUGGGACCCGAGAUAAAAGAGAAAAUUCAGAUAAGGUCCUUAAAAAGAAUAAUAAUGUAAAUAGAACUAGAAAAAAGAAAGGUGGAUUAAAUUCCCUUCAGGUUUUAGUAGCAUUUCUUUUAUCCAAGAUGGGCAAAGUUGGUGCAAGAGAUCUUUUGGCUUUGGUGGGCACUGUGGUGCUGAGAACGGCUUUGAGCAAUAGAUUAGCAAAAGUUCAGGGAUUUCUAUUCCGUACUGUUUUUCUCCAGAAUGUACCAUCAUUCUUCCGGCUAAUCUCUGAAAAUAUUCUUUUGAGCUUUCUUCUGUCAACCAUUCAUUCUACUUCAAAGUACAUAACUGGUAUCCUAAGUCUGAGGUUCAGGAAAAUACUGACGAAACUCAUCCAUGCACAUUACUUUGAGAACAUGGCAUAUUACAAAAUAUCACACGUUGAUGGACGGGUACGGAAUCCUGAGCAACAGAUUGCUAGUGACAUACCAAGAUUCUGUUCGGAGUUAAGUGAGCUUUUACUGGAUGAUUUGACAGCAGUUACUGACUGUCUUGUUUAUACUUGGUCUCUUUGUUCUUAUGCUGGCCCAAAAUACUUUUUCUGGAUAUUGGGAUUUAUUCUGGGAGCAGGAGCUGGCAUAAAAAACUUCUCUCCUGCUUUUGGGAAACUAACGUCAAAAGAACAACAGUUGGAAGGAGAAUACAGACAGCUUCAUUCAAGGUUAAGGGUCCAUGCAGAAAGUAUAGCAUUUUAUGGUGGAGAAAGUAGAGAAGAGUCUUAUAUUCAACAGAAGUUUAAGACUCUUGUUAGGCACUUGAGGGUUGUACUUCAUGACCAUUGGUGGUUUGGCAUGAUUCAAGAUUUCUUGUUGAAGUAUCUUGCUGCUACUUUUGUUGUUGUCUUGAUUAUUGAGCCUUUCUUUGCUGGCCAUCUUAGACCUGACUCUUCAAUAUUGGGACGGGCAGAGAUGUUUAGCAAUUUAAGAUAUCACAUCGGUGUUGUAAUUCCACUAUUUUUGGCCCUGGGUACCCUUUCUAUAAGUUCAAGACGGGUAAAUCGUCUCAGUGGUUAUGCUGACCGUAUUCAUGAGCUAAUGCUUAUAUCAAGAGAGCUAAGUGCUGAUGAUAAAAAAGCAUCCCUGCAAAAAGCUGGAAGUAUAAAUUACUUAACUGAAGCUAACUUUGUUGAGUUUUCCCGUGUCAAGGUUGUCACUCCAACCGGGAAUGUUUUGGUGAAGGAUCUCUCUCUGAGGGUUGAAUCAGGAUCUAAUCUUUUAAUUACAGGUCCAAAUGGCAGUGGGAAGAGUUCCCUUUUUCGGGUUUUAGGUGGCCUUUGGCCACUGGUAUCUGGCCAUAUUGUGAAACCUGGAGUUGGUUCUGAUCUUAAUAAAGAAAUAUUCUAUGUGCCACAAAGACCAUAUACAGCUGUUGGAACCCUUCGCGACCAGUUAAUCUAUCCUCUUACAGCAGAUCAGGAGGUUGAGCCUCUUACACAUAGUGGAAUGGUGGAGCUAUUGAAAAAUGUUGACCUUGAGUACCUAUUGGAUCGUUACCCACCUGAGAAAGAGGUUAACUGGGGAGAUGAACUCUCUCUUGGGGAGCAACAGAAAUUGGGAAUGGCUAGACUGUUCUACCAUAAGCCUAAAUUUGCAAUUCUUGAUGAGUGCACAAGUGCUGUGACAACUGAUAUGGAGGAAAGGUUUUGUGCUAAAAUUAGAGCCAUGGGUACAUCAUGCAUAACCAUAUCACAUCGUCCAGCACUAGUGGCAUUCCAUGAUGUGGUUUUGUCCUUGGAUGGGGAAGGAGGAUGGAAAGUUCAUUACAAAAGAGAGGACUCCUUGUUAGAAAGUGAAGGUGGGAUGGAUUUGACUAAACUUUCUGUGACAGACCGCCAAAAUGAUGCAAUCACUGUUCAACGGGCAUUCACUGCAGCUAAAAAGGAAUUUGCAUUCUCAAAUCCAAAGACUCAACCAUAUGUAUCAGAGCUCAUAGCAGCAUCACCCUCUUUGAGUCAUGAUGUUAAGUUACCUGUGGUUCCUCAACUCCAGAGGACUCCAAGAGUACUGUCUUCAAGGGUAGCUGCCAUGUUUAAAGUACUGGUACCUACCGUAUUUGACAAACAAGGGGCUCAACUACUUGCCGUUGCUUUUCUUGUUGCCACAAGAACAUGGUUAUCAGAUCAGAUUGCGACAUUAAAUGGAACUACUGUGAAGUAUGUUUUGGAGCAGGAUAAGGCAGGAUUUAUACGAUUAAUGAGUAUAAGUGUCCUUCAAAGUGCCGCAUCUGCUGUCAUUGCUCCUUCCUUGAGGCACUUGACAGCUACCCUGGCCCUUGGAUGGAGGAUUAGAUUGACUCAACAUUUGCUGAAGAACUACUUAAGAAAUAAUGCAUUUUACCAGGUCUUUCAAAUGUCGAGCAAAAAUAUUGAUGCAGAUCAAAGAAUUACUGAUGAUCUUGAAAAGUUAACAACUGAUUUAUCGGGGUUGGUUACCGGAAUGGUAAAGCCAUCUGUUGACAUUUUGUGGUUCACAUGGAGAAUGAAGCUAUUAACAGGAAGAAGGGGCGUUAGCAUUUUGUAUGCAUACAUGUUGCUUGGUCUGGGUUUGCUAAGGACUGCUACUCCUGAUUUUGGUGAUUUGACAAGUCGAGAACAACAACUUGAGGGAACCUUUAGGUUCAUGCACGAAAGACUGCGGACUCAUGCUGAGUCUAUUGCUUUCUUUGGAGGCGGUGCUCGAGAAAAAGCUAUGGUCGAGUCAAGAUUUAGGGAUCUUCUUGAUCACUCUUCAUUACUUUUAAAGAAGAAAUGGCAGUUCGGUAUACUUGACGAUUUUGUCACAAAACAAUUUCCACAUAUAGUUACCUGGGGUUUGAGCUUAUUAUAUACCUUAGAUCACAAGGGGGACCGAUCCUUAGUUUCUACUCAAAUUGAGCUUGGACAUGGAAUACGAUUCCUGGCAUCUGUUGUGUCUCAAAGCUUUUUAGCCUUUGGUGACAUCAUGGAGUUGAAUAGAAAGUUCCUGGAGCUAUCCGGAAGCAUCAACCGAGUUUUUGAGCUUGAAGAGCUUGUUGAUGCUGUUCAGUCUGGGGACUUGAGGACUGAUAAGGUGUUACAGUCUCAUGGGAAUGAUCUCUAUGCUGGAGAUGUUAUUUCUUUUUGCGAUGUCGAUAUAGUUACUCCAUCAGAGAAGCUGUUGGCUAGGCAGUUGACAUGUGAUGUAGUACCUGGAAAAAAUCUGCUUGUUACUGGUCCGAACGGGAGCGGGAAAAGUUCCGUCUUCAGAGUACUUCGAGGUCUAUGGCCCGUUAUGAGUGGAAGGCUUUAUAAACCAUCACACCAUUUGGACAAAGAGGAUAUUUCCGGUUGUGGCGUCUUCUAUGUUCCUCAGAAACCAUAUACAUGCUUGGGAACUUUAAGGGAUCAAAUCAUAUAUCCGCUCUCUCAUGAAGAAGCAGAGCUGAAGGAAUUAAAGUUGUAUGGAAAAGGUAAAAGCUCAGCUGACACCACAAACAUUCUCGAUGCACGUCUGCAAAACAUUCUCGAAAAUGUUCGAUUGAAUUAUCUUUUGGAAAGGGAUGAAAGUGGUUGGGAUGCUAAUCUCAGUUGGGAAGACAUCCUUUCACUUGGAGAACAGCAAAGAUUAGGCAUGGCACGGUUAUUCUUCCACAAGCCUAAAUUCGGUAUCCUAGAUGAGUGCACAAAUGCCACGAGCGUCGACGUUGAGGAACAACUUUAUAGACUGGCCAAACAUUUGGGCAUAACUGUUAUUACCUCAUCACAGCGGCCUGCUCUAAUACCAUUCCAUGCUUUGGAGUUGCGAUUUGUCGAUGGUGAGGGUAACUGGGAGCUUCGCUCGAUCGAGCAGUGAUUAACGUUCUGUUUGUGUGCUGUACGAUGUUUUGAACAAGAACUGGGGGAAACUCGAACCCGAAUUUGCAGUUUCAUUGAAUCGGUUAAGCGACUGGAUAAAUCUCUUUAUCAUGGUCAGAAGGAGGAGCAAGCCAAAGCCGGUGCCGGGUUCUGGUAAUAUCAUAAUUUUCCCCUGAAAAUUAUUUACUUUGUAUUGUAUACCACAGGCUGUCGUGUUGCUCAACGCAUGAGGUUGAGACAAAAGGAGAAGCAAAUUAGAUCAAAGAUUAUUGAAAAAGCAUAAAGAAAAUUUUCAUUUAAAGGUUUUUCAUUUUUCUACCCCUAUCUUUUUUUAACUUUUUUUUCCCAUUUGUGGGGGUAAAAUCCGUGGUCCUUCAUGUUGAAAUAAUUUCUCCAUUAUUGUCAUUAUUUCUAUAAAAAAAAUUUCAUGUGGUUUA